CAUUCCACGUGACGUCCCAGUGCGCGCAGACGCUUUUUGUUUGGAUAUGUAAAAACGGCAUGUGAUUGAAUGGAUGCUGCUAGAGCAUCUGUUAAAAGUCUGGACUGUGAUGUAUGCCUUGGGGAACCUGAUGUGAUACGGUAAAAAGAGGUGCUAAGGAAAGGGAGUUCCCUUCCCCCAGUUCCUCGUCAUGAAUUGCCAUGGAAAGGCUUAUCUAGCUAGCCUCGAGAGCCCAGAGGAUAGCCAUUCAGUUGGCGGCAAGUGGACGCUAGGCGAUGAAGCUCCUAUCUGUGAGGACGAAGAGGAUGAUGAGGACGAAAGAACUGCUCAGCUCCGUAGGCUUGACAGUACCAGAGAGGUUCUGAAAUUGUGUUUGAGCAGUAAUAGCUUUGAUUAUUUGCCGGUGUCGGAGUAUUUGCAUUCCGGAGAGACCGAUGAUUGCGAAAGCGAGGGUAAUACUGAACUAGAAAAAAGACGGUCAAGGUCUAAUAGUUCAAGACAUCGGUAUGAUGUAGUGACCGACUUGGGCCCGGAAGAGGUUAGGUGGUUUUAUAAAGAAGACAGAAAGACAUGGAAACCUUUUAUAGGCUACGAUUCAUUGAGGCUUGAGCUGGCAUUUAGGAAAUACGGUGUGCUGAAUCCCCCGAAAGAAGAGCAAGUUGAAACCGCAGACAGUUGUCGGUCUGAAUCCCCUGACGUUUGUGUCGAGCCAGUGUGUGUGAGAGGGGGAUUAUAUGAGGUUAACAUUAAGGAGAAAGAAUGCUACCCAGUGUAUUGGCAUCAAUCUGAUACAAUUCCAGUCAUGCGUGGCCAGUGGUUUAUUGAUGGCACAUGGCAGCCUCUGGAAGAAGAGGAUAGUGAUCUGAUUGAGCAAGAGCACCUCUCUUGUUUCAAGGGUCAGCAAACACAGGACACCUUUGACAUGGAUAUAGCAAAGCCUGUAGACAGUAAGGAUGUUUUCUACCACCAUCAUCUCCCUCCAUUCAACCUCCAUUUUCUAUUCAAAUGGAGAGGAUUUGAGGAGCGUAGAGGUACUGCAUGUCUCAAAAGAAAGCGUUGUGAAGCUAUUCACAGUUUAAAACUGAGUCGCAACCAUGUUGACUGGCACAGUGUAGACGAAGUAUAUCUCUACAGUGAUGCAACCACUUCAAAAAUUGCAAGAACAGUUACCCAAAAACUGGGUUUUUCCAAAGCAUCCAGUAGUGGCACUAGACUUCACCGUGGUUAUGUGGAAGAAGCCACACUAGAAGAUCAGCCUCCGCAGACCUCCCACAUUGUGUUUGUUGUUCAUGGAAUUGGGCAAAAGAUGGACCAAGGAAGAAUUAUUAAAAACACAGGCAUGAUGAGAGAAGCUGCUAGAAAGAUGGAAGAAAAGCAUUUUUCUGACCGUGCAACAGAGCAUGUUGAAUUUCUCCCCGUUGAAUGGAGAUCAAAACUCGGUCUUGAUGGAGAUACAGUUGAGUCCAUUACCCCAGACAAAGUACGUGGCUUGAGAGAUAUGUUAAACAGCAGUGCAAUGGAUAUCAUGUACUACACAAGCCCCCUUUACAGGAAUGAGGUAAAUCUUAUUGCACUGAGAGUUUUCCCUCCAUUUUAUUUUAGGUUAAAAGAACUGGAAGAGAGAUUGCAUGGAAUAGAAGCAUCACAAAUGACAAAACAACCAGCCUUAAAAUUUAAGGUUGAGAAUUUCUUCUGUAUGGGGUCUCCAUUAGCAGUCUUUCUGGCACUUCGGGGCAUCCGUCCUGGAAAUAAUUGUUCUCAAGAUCACAUUCUGCCUAAAACAGUUUGUAAGCGUUUGUUUAACAUAUUCCACCCAACAGAUCCUGUGGCUUAUCGGCUAGAACCUUUAAUCUUGAAGCAUUAUAGCAGUGUAGCUGCUGUCCAAAUUCACUGGUACAACACAACAAAUCCAACAAGAUAUGACCACAUAAAGCCAUCACUUCUUAAUCCUUCAAAAGAAACUACCUCAAUCUCAGACACUGAAAGCAUUCCAAGCCCAUGUACCUCACCAGUCUUGAAUCGUCGACACUAUGGUGAAUCCAUAACAAACAUUGGCAAAGCAGGUAUAUUAGGGGCUGCAAGCAUUGGUAAAGGUCUUGGAGGGAUGCUGUUCUCUAGAUUUGCACGUUCUAGUGCAGGUGCAUCACAGACCACUGACACAACAAAAGAAUCAGGAGAGGAUGAAGAUAAAAAGUCUGUUACCAGUCAAUCCAGUACUGGCACGCAAACUUUGCCACACAGCAUCUCUGGUCCUUUGGACACAAAAUUGGAACUAGAGCACAGAAUAGAUUAUGAGUUACGAGAAGGCCUUGUGGAGAGUAGAUACUGGUCUGCAGUCACGUCACACACAGCAUAUUGGUCAUCUUUGGACGUUGCUCUUUUUCUUUUGACCUUCAUGUAUAGACAGGAAGAAGAUGAAAAUACAAAGGAAAGCAGAGAAGCUGUUGAAUAAACAUCAGAAAGUGACAUUGCACACUCGGGUUUUUUUCUGAUUGAAGUGCAUUGAACUAAUAGCCUUGGCAGUUUUUUAAUGCUGCAGUUUUUACAUGUCUGGCUAUGUGUAGUUAGCCAUAUCACAAAAAGUUGAUUCGUGAUUAAACCAGCAGUGCAAUAUAUAUAAUAUAUAUUUUUAUUAUCUGGUUAAUUUAAAACUUUUAUGUUGGCUUUCUAAAGUGGAACACACAAUAAUUUAGUUCAAACAUUUAUUUUUUAAUCCUUGUGUUUUAAUUAUGCUGUUUUGCUCAUUUGUAUAACCCUGUCUUUCUCUGUUAUAAUUUCCAUUGUUUCUUUUUGCCAUUUAAAACCUGUUUUAUGAAUUUUCUUCCAAAACCUCAGCCUAGGUGGCUUGGGAUCUUCAUAGGCCUGCAGGGGAAGACUGUUUUCCACAAUGUAUUUGUUUUUUGCAGGCUAGCAUUUUCAGGGAGAGUCAACCUAGCUAGGACAGGUUUUCCAUUAUCACAAAGGAAGACCAUAGAACGUCUGUCUGUUUCCGUCCAUUGUUAAAACAUAUAUGUUCAUAGCUUGCCUACAUUUUUUUUACUACUGUAGAUACUUUCCACAUCAUCUAAAUUGAUUUUUCCCACACCACAUGUAAAGCAGUUUGUUGGAGGAAUUUAUAAGACUUCUCCCAUGCACAAAGUCCCCUCAGUGCUCUCAUACACAUGCGUCAUCGUUAAACUGUUUACCUUCUAUACAUACUCUACCUGAGGCAGUCCCUAGCACAAUAUCUUUGGUUUGGAUGAUAAUCUUAAUUUGCUGAGUAUGCUUUCACUCGUUAUUGAGCAACAAACAAUAUCUUGUUUUUUGUAACAUUUAUAUCUUCUUUCCUUUCCAUUAUAAGUUUAUUUUUACUUGAGUUGAGGUCUUUAUGCUUUGUUGUUGGUCAGCUCCAGCAUUAUUCUAUGUGGCGUCACAACCUUUUUCACAAGUUUAACUGUAAUAUCAUGGACACAGGACACUACGACAUAGUACAAGGCUAAGCAGUACUUUCAUGAUAGCAAAAUAUAAUUUCCACGCAGGUUACCAUAGCAAUAAAAACAGAGUUAAUGCAGCUUAGAAGAAUACAAGAUUAAUUGUAGAGGUAGUUGAUGGAGAGCUUUACAUUAUAAAUUUAUUUUCAUAAGUGGGUAUCUAUGAAUAAGGAUCUUGUGAGAGUAAAGGUUAACUUUUUUCUUAUUUUGGUAAUGAGGGGGAAGAAAUUAGGUUUGUUGUACAUGUGUACAUUUAUGUAAAUAAUCUGCAUGUGGCCAUUAUUUUUCACCCAAGAAAGUUCUGGGUUCCGAGUCAUAUUUUGAAUAUUGAACCAUUAGGCCCGGCAAGCCAGCAUGUAAAAAUCUACUGCCAAUCAUUAGCGGACCGGAGUUCUUCUGUGGCGACCCCUAACCAGGAAAAGCCGAAAGACACAAACAAACAAAACCCCAUACUUCAUUAUCUGGUAUUUACACUGCUGAGCAGCACAAAAGUGCAGUGUCUGCUAAGCCAUGACCAUUAGAGUGCCACUGUGUUUCCCCCCAUUUGACAUCCUUAACUAAUAAUAAACUGCUGCUAGUUGGUAGUACUGCUGUUAGUAGUUAUUUUCUUUCCAGUUUUCAACAAGUUUGUAUGUGUGCAUAUUGGCAUGCUGUGUUCAGUAAUUACUUGCAGGUACAGACACAGCAGUAACUACAGUAUGGUCACCCAACUACAUUGACAGAGAAAAGCAGAUCUUCAAAGCAUUCACAACUGUAGUAAAUCUUAUGAGCUGUAAUACUAGGCACUAAGAAAAGCUAAACUGUGUGUUUUUUCUCAUCUGUCAGACCUAUACCAGUGCUGGUUAUCAUAUCUGAGAUGUCACUUCACUUCCAGUUAUUCAGUGGUGACUUAGCUUUUGCUGCCUUUUUAACAAGCUACUGGGCAGCCUUCUGACUAAUUAUCUGUUCGAAGAAAAUGAUCUCUUCCAGCAGUAGCCAUAUGCAGUGUCUUAAUAGUCAUAGCCUUAAACCCAAGUGGCACUGAUAUUUUUCUCUGUUUUUAACAACACAUUCCAUUGGUGGUGCAGGAUAAAUGCUAGAUGAAAUUCAGCAAAUGUUGAGACAGAAGCGUUUUCUUUCAAACAUGUUUUCUGACAACUUCAGCCCAUGUGCCACCCUGUUAAUGUACUUGUGUAUGUCCUUUAUAAUUUUUAUUGCUCCACUAGUCAUUAGUCCCACUCAUGUGAAACAAGGUGAGCUGCUUUCUAUGGUCCAGUAGUCCAGGGAUUGAUUCCCUUGGCAUCCAUUGCCUACUCUGUGGCUCAGAGCAAGUCAUUAGCCAGACAGUGCUACCAGGCUCAGUCUGAAAAAGGUCCAUGGAGAUUUGUGCCCUACCCUGGUUGACAAGUACAAGUAAAAUUUAACAAAACAUCAUCCUUUUUCAUCCCUUCCCAUAUAUUGCACUGUAGAGGGAGCAAUAGCUGUUGCCCAUCCUUGCUUUUUAUCUGGUUAUUCACAGUGGUAUUUAGUAUCUCUUGAUCGUGGCACUUGAACAUCAAAACUUGGUUCCUGUUAAUUUCUCAAGCCCAGUUCAUUAGUUUUCACAUUUGUCUUAGUCAUCACAUUUGGCACUGGCAAAAUGUGGAAAGUACUGCCUUCAGUGAUCCAAUAAUGGUAUCUAUGUGAUUUCGAGCAUCCUUUCCAGUUUUGCUAUUUUUUGUAAUACUGGUAUCCCUACUUUCACAAGUUGCACCUUAUGUCCCGCAUAUGUAUAGUAGAUUGAUGCAAAUCCAGUUGGUUCAGCUUUUUCCUCUGAUAUUGGUUACCUCUUCAAAUGACCAAGCAGGGUUUUUUUUCUGUUUCUGUGCAGCACUAUUUUUUUUUUUGCCUUCAUAAGUAUCUCAUAUCAAUUUCUGAAGAGAAGAGCUGCCAAGAUUGCACCUGAUGGGCCUACUUCUCUUUCUAAGUGUCACAUGGCGAAGUGGAAGAACAUUUCUUUUUAACCUGAUAUUCCUUAGACAUUUGUAAUGAGGUUUCAGUCUCCAGCAUCUAUACCAGAAGACCACAACUCUGAGAUGCAGUAAUGACAAAUAAGUGGCACUCAGUACUUCAACACCUGUCUUGCAGAAGAUGGGUGGAGUAUUCCACCCAAAAGAAGUUUCCCCUGCUAAACAAAUCUGCUUAAGCAGGACACUAAAAAUUAUACUGUUGCUCUGUACAGAAAUCUUUCCCUUCUCUUCUCAUGACAGUAUACCCUUUGAACAAAGAGCAAAUGCCGUUUGUGGCUGCCUGAAUAAUGUCCCCCACCCCCCCGACAGCUUUUGCCUCUGUGGUUCUGGAGACUCCCUACUACUGAGGAUCAAAGGGACUUCAGUACAAGCAGGUUGGCUGGAUGUUCAGGAGGUACAGAAAGGAACACAGUAAAAAAGAAACCUAUGGCUUGAAUGAUGUUACCAUUUUGUGCAUAUAAUAGAGCCAAGAGGUAAAUAAUUUUAUUGAAAAUGAGCCCAAGCUGUAGAGGUCACUCUUUCAAAUGUUAGUCCAUGUAGGUAUGGUUAUUUAAAAUUGUCCUAAUGUAAUAAGAAGAGCCAUGUACAUUGUUAUCUUAUCCAUUAAUAUGCCUAUCUUUAGCACACUGUUAUGCUGAUGACCUCGCAACAGUUUUUUUUUUUUUUUUAAUAAGAACCCCACACACACACACACACACACACACACAGAUGUUUUUGCUAUAUGGGCCAGAAAAUGACAAACUGGUAAAAUGAUUUGAAGAAAUGGGAAAUAGCCAGCUUGGAUAUAGGUGUUUUGUUUCACUCUUGCCAUUGUCUACAUCGGUGGAUGAAGUAGUAGUCCAUUGUCCCACCACCUUUCCUGUCUGCAUUAAUAGAUGAAUUAGAGCAAUGCACUCAACUGCUGUUAGAACAUACCAUGAGAUCUCUGGUGUCAGGAAACCAGAACGGGGAGGAAUGUUUUUUCUAGGCAUCAUGUCAGAACUUUGUAGUCACUAUUUAUUUGCCUGCAAUGUAAGGAGAUAGUUGUAGUUUGGCUUUCCAUCCGCACAUUGUAGUGGUAAGUCAGAGAAGUCAUUGUACAAAGCCAUCCUCUGUUUUUAUUUCCAUACCAAGUCCCAUUUCACAUUCCAUGUACCUUCCUUUCCAAAGUCUUUUGUAAAAAAAACAAAGAAAAUGUAGCUCUUGCUGUUAAAGAGCAUGAUUCAAACAGUCCCUUGGGACUGGGGGGAGGGGGCAAAAAAUUCACUCAAAGUUGUAUCUUGACUAUGUAAAAGUCAGGAGACAUGCACAUUUUAGACUUCCAUAGUUUGAACGCUUUCAACCCAAAGAAAAAUGUUUGGGUGUUCUGUUAGUUUAUUCUCUCUGUUUUCAUGGGAAGGGAUAUCUGCCAUGAUCCACCAAGGGACUUCUUGUGCAAACAAGAUUAGACAGGAGCCAAUCAUUGUCAUUUCAGAGUUCUUACACUUUGGCCUCUCCUUGACAAAAUCAGAUGCGCUUUUUAAAUAUAACUCUAGUUCACCUAAAAAGUUUAGAGUGGCAUGUUUUGCAUCAACAUGCAUUUCCUUAACUGUAUGAAGUAUAAAAAUAUAAAACUAUAAUGUUUGACAUUAUUGACUGUAAUACUGUGUGGUUUACCAAAAAAUUAAAAAAAUUACAGUGGACAGGGCGAAAUAUGAUGUAAAAUCGGAGACCUUUGAAAAAUUCUGGACAGUUGAGAAACAUGGUUAUAGGACAAGUAGUUAUUUAAUAGUUCUGACAGCCUUGUUGUUUUUCCUCAAGUCUCAUUCCUGUCUGAAGCACCCUUUUGGAUCUGUGGAAAUCUACAAAAUCAUUCAGGUCACCACCUACCACGGUCAUGUCCUUACAAUAUGUUGAAUGUACUCUUAAGAACUUUCUAUGCUUUCUUCUGCAGCAGAUGAUUUUGCACCUCAUUGAGCUUAGCUUGGCUCAUAUUACAGUGGUUGUAUGUAAAGUUAAUUUGUGCAGGCAGUGUAUUUGUCAUUUGUUUCAUAGACAAGAACUUUCUGUUAAUAGACUCUGGGGGUUUCAUUUGUGUGCUUUAAUAGGUGUAAGUUAUUCAUUUGUCGGUCAUAACUCUGUCCAGUGAGAAGUCAGAAGGACUGGCUAUUUAAUGGUCAUCUGAAGUAUCAACCAACAUAAUGUGCCUGCAUUUACAGCACAGGCUGCUAGCGAAAAGACUGUAUAAAAAUAGAUAGCCAAAGGAAAGACAGAGUGGAAGGCACAGCUGGCAAGGACACCAACUUAUGGAAAGUUUGGAGCAGGUUGACAAUUCAAAUGAUAUAAUUACCACAGCUGUGAUAGACAUCGUCAUGACAGAUUGUAAACUGCUAAAUUUUCAUAAUUUAAAAGUAGCAGUGAGUUAUUAGGUUACUACUAAUAACUCAUUGCUACCUUUAGAAAAGAUGGUAUGACAGUUUACAAGGUAUCAGUAAACGAUUGCAUGGAGAGUGAGGAGGGGGCUUCAUGUGGGUGUGUUGCCUGGGGCACCACACUGCACUACUGCAGCUCUGAAAGUAGGCAGCACUAUGCCCCCUCUCAUGUUCUCAUAGCCAUCUAAUCAGCAAUCUCAGUCUGUGUCAGAGUGGUUUAUUAUUUGAAAUGUUAUGAAGCAGAAGCUUCUCUAGGGCCGUAUAGCUGUUAUGAUUACCCUUUAUCAUUAAUUUUUUUUAAAUACUAUUUUCUAAUUACUGGGUAGUGGACUGAUCUCAGAGGACCUGUAUUUUAGUUUCCUCCAUUUUACCAAAGGGUAUAAAUCUUUAAAAAAAAUCUAGUGGGAACUGAUUUCACCUCAUAUAUUUUUGAGGCUGUUUUUUAAAUAUUUGGUACACUAUUUGCAAAUGUUUGACUUUGAGGGAGAGUAUGUAAAAAAAAAAAAAAAAAAAAUUUCUGUGGCUUUUUACAACUAUAUAUUUGAUUAUAAAAAACUGCUUUAUUCUGAGUUUAAUCUUUAAACAAGUCUUUCCUUUUUGAAUGUCUCAUUUUGCUCAUUAGAAUCUUCUGUUUUUGGAUAUAUAUUAUUAAUUUAUUCGUUCAUUUCCACAGCAAAUAUUGAACUGAAGACAGAAAUGUGCCAUUGUUUUUCUAGCUUCACAGCUCUGUUUGUUUUCAUGUGUCUGUAAAGAAAAACACUGAGUUGAUCCUCUGAAUAAUUUUUCUGCUGAGACUGUUUAAUUUUGUUUUUUUGUGGGCGGUACAUACUGAAUUCAGGGCAGGGCUUUUAUAUAUGUGCUGUAGUUCCCAGGCUUCACAGCAGUGAAAUUGUCUAUAGUUUUAAUAACAAAAGAACACUUAGAGCGGAAGAUCUCCUUCUGGAAUUGUAUUUGGCAGUUGACUAAGAGCACUUUUGUAAUGUAGGAUCAAUUCUACAUUAUAAAUUCUGUCGGAAACAUUACAUAUGCCUCUCUUUUCUGUGUUGAAUUUGAUCAUGGCAUGCUUUCUGGUUGUAUUUUAUAUAGGAAUUCUGCUUUUCCCCCAAAAUUAUUUUGAAGAUCAGAACAUUUUUGACUGGUUCGGUGGUUUCUGAACAGACUUACCAUAAGUUUUAUUGUGGUUUUACGUAUGUCUGGAGUGUAUGUAUUGUUUGACAUGUCCUUUGCAAUGUCUUCUAGAAGCAACCUUAUUACAAGAAUAUAUAUACUUCAAACUUCAGUUCUGUCAGAGCACUUAUUUUUUAUUCACUUGCUUAAGUAGCAGAAUAAACUCUCAUCAAUUACCACU